GGAUCCUCCCCACCAGAGGCAGUCCUCAAAUGGCGUGGUUUGUGCUCCGUUCGGCCUGCCUGUUUCCCGUGUGAUUUGCCUGCGCUAGCAACUUUCAUGGACUAAACGCGAAUAGUUACACGCCCAGCUGGAAAUUUUUAGUUUACACAUAAAAUAACACGUUUUUGGGGACAAUCAUUGUUGCUGUUUCGGUCUGGUUUUUGGAAAAUGUGCUUAAAGUGAAUAGAACGGUCUAUUUCCGUCUGAAUUCGUGGUGACGACAGAAAAGCUGCGAUCGCAGAACACGAACGACAGCGGCGCUCCUGCACGUUCGCUUUGUUUUAGCCAAGGAAAAAAGGAUGUCCGAGGAAUUUGUGACCAAGAAUGAGCGCUGACGCCCAGCUAAAGACAGAAUACGUUAUCGAAAACACGACAAAGGAGCAGCAAGAAGACGAUAUCAAACCAUCACCUUUAGCGCUUUUAGCAGCAACCUGCAGCCGCAUCGGGCCCGGUGAUCUUCAGGCGAUCGUCCCAACUCCUCUACAAGUUCACGCAUCAAAUCCCUCAUUCAUUAUAAACAUGUCGACGACACCAACGCCUCAAAAUCAACAGAUGAAGCAGCAGAAUGUUGCCAUGCAGCAGGCUGCUCAAGCACAGCAGCAGCAACAACAACAGCAGCAGCAGCAGCAACAGCAACAGCAACAGCAACAAGCACAGGUUUUGAGCGCCACUGCCCAGCAAAUUCAACAGCAACUGUUGCAGCAACAGCUGGUGGCUGCAGCUGGACAGAAUCUCGCUGGGUACAGCGUCGUGCAGGCACCGGCUGGCAUGCAGACGCUCAACGUUGAUGGACAGGAGGCGAUAUUUAUACCUGCAAUGAGCUUAGAGCACAUCUAAGAUGGCAUACCGGUGAACGACCAUUUGUCUGUGCCUGGUUAUUUUGUGGGAAACGUUUCACUCGAUCAGAUGAGCUUCAACGACAUCGUCGCACCCAUACGGGAGAAAAGCGGUUUCAAUGCAGCGAGUGUAACAAAAAGUUCAUGCGAUCAGAUCACCUCUCAAAGCAUUUGAAGACCCAUCAAAAACAACGACUCUCGCAGGAUAAAGAUCAGGACGAAGAGGAACCUUGGGAAUCGCAUGACGAUCCUGAUGGGCAAUCUGAAGUCGAGCAAAAACCGCAGCCAGUUUGGAUAACCGAUAGCAAGAAUAACAUAAAAUAUGCCAUAACUCAUUUGAACUACUCGCAGGAGGCCGCAACCUCAACUCAGCACUCGGCCUCUUCGGAUAGUUCAAGCAACGAGGAAAAAAUGAUGAUCACAAUUGCUGCUGAAGGAGACGACCUGAUAAUUGCAGAUCAAAUAGAAAGCUGAGGGACCGCCGCAUCUGUUUAUAUUGUGAACGCGCCUCUAAACGAAGACUAUUCGGAUUAGAAACCAUAUCUUAAAUACUCCUAAUGAAGUCUGAUUUUAUAGGUACUAUUUAAUCCUAAUCCUGCAGUUACUGUUGAGUAUCGGUAGAAUGGAUUGGUUAUUUGAUCGUUUGCGAUUUCACCGCUGUAGGCAAUUUUCAAAACUAAUUGGACAUUUAUAUCCUCUUUCAGUCCCGGGAAUAAAAACCAAAUAACUAAUCAACCAACUUUGCUCAGAUUUCUUUGUGUGCGGUCCAAUCCAACCAACUUGCCUGCUAGACGACCAUUCAAUGUUCCAGCCAAUCGUUAACUAAUACCUAUAAAUCAUGAUAAUCAUAAAUAGGCUGUGAUUACAUGCUAGUUAACUUAAGAUAGACAAUUAAGAAAUUCGUUAUUGCAUUGGAGUAUUGAUGAUUCGUUGUAGCAAAUAGAUUUAAAACAAGUAGAAGCUUUUUCAGAUGUUUUAGUCGGCGAUAUAUGUAAUUAAAAUAAUUCGGUGAAAUUUAUAAGACAAAACAUGGUUCAUAAAUCGUAGACCUAAAAGCCAAUUUAUGUUGCCUUUGAAAUCUGAUUGUAUUGAUUACCGUUCACUUAAGCUUGAUUCAUUACCUUUGUUCAAAAAGUUAUUGUAAUUCUGAAAACAAAACCGAAUUGGGCAAAAACGUAAGUAAUACAUAUUCUUUAUAUUUG